UAGUAUCAUAGAAAGAGAGGGAAUGAGAAAUACAUCGGUCAAAGAAUACGUAUAAACGCUAGAAACAGUCACUUGACAGUAGCGCCUGGUGGAUGAAUGUUAAGCAAUACAUCGAUAGAAUUCUCUAAUACGGAACUUUUUACAAGGGUAAUUGUACGUCAUCUUUGAACAGUAUCAUUAAUACGUAUAAGAAAAUAACAAAGAAAUAAUCAUUAAAUUCUUAAGUUUGUAUUGGUACGCUUGUCGCAACGAGAUUGAAAAACGGUAAAGAUGAACAUUUUGAUUGCGCUUUGCGCGAUCGUUGCUGUUUGUAAAGCAGGAGUAGUAAUACAAGCUGAGGGUCCAGCAGAUCUUCAUCUUUUGGGUGAACAAGAAUGUACAUGGGGACCUUCAUAUUGGUGUGAAAACAUUAAAACUGCAAGUGGAUGUAAUGCAACUAAACAUUGCAUUGAUAAAGUAUGGAAACAUAUGAAAGUACUAAAUGAUGAUGAUAGUGUUUGUACUAUUUGUAAGGACAUGAUUCAACAAGCUCAUGAUCAAUUAGAAAGCAAUCAAACUCAAGAGGACAUAAAGAGUGUUUUCGAAGGAAGCUGUAAACUUAUUCAUAUAAAACCAAUUGUGAAAGAAUGUAUAACAAUUGUAGAUCAGUUUAUUCCAGAGCUUGUUGAAACUUUGGCAUCUCAAAUGAAUCCAUCUAUUAUUUGUUCUGUUGCUGGACUUUGCAAUUCUGCUCAUAUAGAUGAAUUAAUUGUAAAAUAUGAAUCAUCCAAACCCGAGAUUAAAGAAUUGAAAUCUCGUUCUUUGGAAAAAGAUGAAGUUGAACCUGAUGAAUGUUCAAAAUGUUUCACUGUGGCAGCACAUAUGGAGCAUAAAUUAAAUAACACUCCUCGUGAUAAAAUAUUACAACAAAUGCUUAAUUUAUGUGCAGAAUUUAAUAGUUAUUCAGAUGCCUGUUCUGCUACAAUUCUAACUUACUUUGAUACAUUAUAUACUCAUUUACAAGAGAAUUUCAAUGCUCAAAAUAUUUGUCAUUUAUCUGGCCAGUGUAGUAAUAAAUUUCACAAACAUGAAGAUAUUGAUACAACUUUAAAAGUAGAAAUUAGACCACUUUCAAGUGUAGGUAUGGUCGAUGUAAAUGAUGAUCUUCCAUGUAAAUUGUGUGAACAACUUGUAGGACACUUAAGAGAUCUUUUGGUAGCUAAUACUACAGAAACAGAAUUUGAAGAAGUAUUGAAAGGAUUAUGCAAACAAACCAAGUCAUUUUCUACUGAGUGUAUUGCUAUAGUUGAUGAAUAUUAUCCACAAAUAUAUGAAUAUCUUAAGAAAGGUCUAAAUUCUAAUAUUAUUUGUCAAAUGAUGGGAAUAUGUCCUAUUCCAGGAAAAACAGUACAGAAUGAGCCAAUUUGGCCUUUAGUACCUAGAGAUGCAGGUGAAAUAGGAAUGCGUGUUUUCCAAAAUGCAAAUGAAAAUUUGAAAAGUGAUAAUGAAGAAUUGAAUAAAUCACAAGCUGAAACAAUGCAAUUGCCUAUUGAAAGAUUAGUACCAUUUCCUAUGUCAGAAGGGUCGUUAGGGACUCAAGGAAAAGAAACAUGUGCAUUAUGUGAAUAUAUAUUGCAUUUUAUACAAGAAGCUAUUACAAAUCCUACUACAGAAGAAAAAGUAAAAACAUCAUUAGAAAAAGUAUGUAUGAAAUUACCAGAAUCUAUAUCAGAUCAAUGUAUACAAUUUGUAGAUCUUUAUGGAGAUGCUAUUGUAGCUAUUUUGGCUCAAGAAAUUGAUCCAUCUCAAGUCUGUUCAUUGUUGCAUUUAUGCCCAGAUGAAAAAUUAAUGAAAAUGUGGCAAAGUAUUCCAAAGAAGUAUAUGCUUGAAGAAGUACAGAACAAACCUAGUUGUCCAUUAUGUUUACUUGCUGUAACACAAAUUUACGAUGUUAUAAAAAACAACAAGACCGAGGCAAACAUAGAAGCUCAAUUGGAUAAAUUAUGUAUUCACUUACCACAUAGUUUAGUUGAUGAAUGUACAGAAUUAGUCAAAGGUUAUAGUAAAGAACUUAUAGAAUUAUUAUUGGCAGAUUUAACACCUCAAGAAGUAUGUGUUUAUAUUAAAUUAUGUGAUCCUACUGAACAUUUUGGUCUAAGAAGUGAAUUUAUUACUGACAAAGAUGGUGAAAUUUUAACUAAUGAAAUACCAAAUAAUCCAAUAAGUACUGAAAUAUCAGAUGAUAUAGAUAAUGUAGAUUGUGUUGUUUGUGAAUUUGCUAUGCAUUAUAUUGAUAAAUUUCUUGGUAAUAAUAGAGAAAAGAGUAAAGUUGAAAAUGCAGUGCAUAAUGUAUGUAAUCAUCUUCCAAAGACUAUCCAUAAACCAUGUAACAGGUUUGUUAAUAAAUAUGCCUCUUCUAUAAUUGAUAUUAUCACAAAAGAUGUUAGUCCUAAGCAGGUUUGCUCUUUCCUUGGAUUAUGUACAAAAUUGAUAGAAGAAAUGAAAGAAUGUGCUAUGUGCAAAACAAUUAUAUCGAAAAUAAAUGAUCGAACUAUUGACGAUAACAUUGAAAAAGCAAUAUCUAAAGUAUGUCAAUAUUUACCAUCAAAUAUGGAACAUAAGUGUACUAUACUUGUUAAUUCUUAUGGACAAAGCAUAAUAAAUCUUAUUAAAAGAGGUGAACAUAUUGAUAAAAUUUGUAGUAAAAUGGGUCUUUGCGCACCCAAAGAUUAUUCAACAGUGUCUUUGGAAAAUUUACGAAUUAAACGAUCAUAUGAAAAAAAUCGUAUAAAGCAUUGUACAUGGGGACCUGUUUAUUGGUGUUCUACUAAUGAAACGGCUCGUGAAUGUAAAGUUAACAUUGCAACGAUAAUGUAUGCAAAUAAACGUAAUUGGAUGAGUCGAGGGUGA